CCUGGGGAAGCCUCUCCCACACGGUAGCCUGGGUGCCGGCGCUUGCUUGCCAGCUGUUCCUAGGCCCAGGGCGAGGAGCUGGGAAGGGAGACGGGGGUGCGACCGGUCACCGCUCGGGCAGGCCCGGCCUGUCGUCCUCUCCGCGUCUGCUGCUGCUCCCGUCGGCGGGCAGCCUGGCUAGCAGCUUCCGGGCGGCCGCCCGCGCUCCUGACUGAUAGGCGCCGUCCCCACAACCCGCGCCCCGCGCCACGUCCCCGUUCUCGGCCGGCGCACGGCGUGGCUGCCCCCGACCUCGGAGCCCUGCGCGAUGUGGGUUCCAGAUUUCGGCCCCGCGCGGCUUCCCCAACGUCUGUGCCCCGGGCCGCUGUCGUCGUCCGUUUCUCCGCUGUGGCCGUUGCUGCUCUUGCUGCUGGCGGCCGUGGGGCCGGUGCGCGCCUGGGAGAGCGGAGACCUGGAGUUGUUGGACUUGGUGGAGGAGGUGCAGCUCAACUUCUACGAGUUCCUCGGGGUGCAGCAGGAUGCUUCAUCUGCAGACAUCAGAAAAGCAUAUCGUAAGCUUUCACUAACCUUACAUCCAGACAAGAAUAAAGAUGAAAAUGCAGAAACUCAGUUUAGACAAUUGGUGGCCAUUUAUGAAGUUUUAAAGGAUGAUGAAAGAAGGCAGAGGUACGAUGAUAUUCUGAUCAAUGGACUUCCAGAUUGGCGACAGCCAGUAUUCUACUACAGACGAGUAAGAAAAAUGAGCAAUGCUGAGCUGGCAUUCCUCUUGUUCAUUAUUCUCACAGUGGGUCAUUAUGCUGUGGUUUGGUCAAUCUACCUGGAAAAACAACUGGAUGAGCUGCUUGGUAGAAAAAAGAGAGAAAAGAAGAAGAGGACAGGAACCAAGAGUAUGGAUACAGCGAAACUUGGUGCUUCUGAAAAGAAUGAAAGAUUGCUAGUAAAACCACAAUGGCAUGAUUUGCUUCCAUGCAAACUGGGAAUUUGGUUUUGCCUUACACUAAAAGCAUUGCCUCAUCUAAUUCAGGAUGCUGGGCAGUUUUAUGCAAAAUACAAGGAGACAAAAUUAAAGGAAAAAGAAGAUGCAUUGGCUAGAAUUCACAUGGAAACACUUCAAAAGCAAAAGAAAGUUAAAGUUAAAAAACUGAAACCAGAAUUUCCUGUAUAUAUGCCUUUGGAAAAUGCAUAUAUUCAGUCUUACGAUCAUGGGACUUCUAUUGAAGAAAUAGAGGAGCAAAUGGAUGAUUGGCUGGAAAACAGGAGCAGAACACAGAAAAAGCAGGCACCUGAAUGGACAGAAGAAGACCUAAACCAGCUGACAAAAAGUAUGGUUAAGUUCCCAGGAGGGACCCCAGGUCGAUGGGAAAAGAUUGCCCAUGAAUUGGGUCGAUCUGUGACAGAUGUGACAACCAAAGCCAAGGAACUGAAGGACUCAAUCACCUGCUCCCCAGGAAUGGUCAGGCUCUCUGAACUGAAGUCGAACGCGCAGAAUUCCAGGCCCAUCAAGGUAGCCACAGCCUUGCCAGAUGAUAUCAUCACCCAGCGGGAGGACUCGGCAGGGGCCAUGGAGGAUGAGGGACUAGAGACUGCAGAGGGUGAGCAGGAGACAGUGGCCACAGAAGUCCGGCCUCGGAGGCGGAAGUCAGCCAAAAUGGCUGAGGUAGUAACCAGAGUGGAGCCAGAGGAGAAGAUGAGAGGGAAGAGGCAAAAAGACUUUGAUAUAUCAGAACAAAACGAAUCCAGUGACGAAGAGAACCAGAGAAGAGAAAGAACCCGUGCUACAGAGGAGACAUGGACUCAGAGUCAGCAGAAACUUCUGGAACUGGCCUUACAGCAAUACCCAAAAGGAGCCUCUGACCGCUGGGACAAAAUAGCCAAAUGUGUGCCAUCCAAGAGUAAGGAAGACUGUAUUGCUAGAUACAAGCUGCUGGUUGAACUGGUCCAAAAGAAGAAACAAGCUAAAAGCUGAAGCUUCUGGAAGAUGAUUUUUUUGCUGUCAUUUUCCAAAUGAGUACUUCAGAAAUCUCAUGCAGAAAUUUGCAUUUUGUACCUCAGUAUUUCUAAACGUCAUGUGCCUUAGUUUUAAAAAAAAAAAAUCAAUCAGUCCUA